AUGAUCACCAACCGGUGUAGCUUAGGGGUGGCGCUUUACGAGGUUAUAAUAAGCGCUACUAAUAAGGAGGUUAAUAAGAUAGUAGCCUUAGUUAUUAAGAUAGUUAAGAAGGCUUACUUUAAUAGGACUAAAUUCGCUAGUAUUAAUAAUAAGCGUAGAGCUAAUUUACUAGAAGUUAAGCUACUUCUAGAUCUAAAUCUUAAGACGCCUAUUAACUCGCUAUAUUACCUUUUUAAGCUCUUAUGUCUUACUAGCGUAAUAUUACUAAGUAACUACUUUAAGCCGUAUAGAUCUAGUACUAAUAGUAGUAAGGUAGAGCUUAACUAA